AUGGGAGCAAAGAGGUUGAAAUCUACCCAAAUCGACGCCAGUCUUCCUGUCAAUUCCUCCACCGAUCAGCUCAUCUAUUUAGUUUCGGAGAGCUCCUCUUUUUGGAUUUCGCUUUCAUUCAUCUGUCUACCUCUUUUUCUAUCUAUCUAUCUAUCUGAAUCAAAACCUCUUUAUUUAUAUAUUCUAUCUAAUUACUUAACUUCUAUCAAUCUAUCUAUCUACAUAUCAGCCUCUUUUUGGAUUUCACUUUCAUUCAUCUGUCUACCUCUUUUUCUAUCUAUCUAUCUAUCUGAAUCAAAACCUCUUUAUUUAUAUAUUCUAUCUAAUUACUUAACUUCUAUCAAUCUAUCUAUCUACAUAUCAGCCUCUUUUUUGGAUUCGCUUUCAUUCAUCUGUCUACCUCUUUUUCUAUCUAUCUAUCUAUCUGAAUCAAAACCUCUUUAUUUAUAUAUUCUAUCUAAUUACUUAACUUCUAUCAAUCUAUCUAUCUACAUAUCAGCCUCUUUUUGGAUUUCGCUUUCAUUCAUCUGUCUACCUCUUUUUCUAUCUAUCUAUCUAUCUGAAUCAAAACCUCUUUAUUUAUAUAUUCUAUCUAAUUACUUAACUUCUAUCAAUCUAUCUAUCUACAUAUCAGCCUAUUCCUUUGUCUUUCUUUCUAAUUAA